CUUGAAUUUCAAUUUUGAAUUGAAUUUGGUCUGCACUCUCUCUUCUCACCGACGGCAAUGAGAAGCGCCGCAAAUUUCAAAAGUUCUCGCUUCCCCCCUCUCCCAAAAUUCCUUAGAAUCUCAUUGUUGUUCCCUGAGAUGGCUCGUACUAAGCAAACAACCAGGAAGUCAACCGGAGGCCAGGCGCCGAGGAAGCAGCUUGCCACCAAGGCUGCUCGUAAAUCAGCACCGGCCACCGGAGGAGUGAAGAAGCCUCACCGUUUCAGGCCGGGAACUGUGGCUCUGAGAGAGAUCAGGAAAUGGAACACUGAAAAUGAGUCUCCAAACGGCCGUCUCUACUCCAUUUCAUCUAUCCUCAUGCUCCGGUUACAGCCUCAAUUUCAAUCCUCUUUUCUUCCCCAACCGGCAUCGUUCUUGCACCUGGCGUUUCAACCUGGUCCAGCGUAGAAACUUUAUGGUGGGAGUCUCAAGGAUAUUUCUGACCAAAGUUUGACUGGAGAACUGAUCCUUCUGUCAUAUCAAUGCCAUCACCUAAUGUUACUGGAUCACUGCACAUGGGGCGUGCAAUGUUUGUAACUCUUGAGGAUAUCAUGAGUAGGUACCAUCGCAUGAAGGGAAAAUCAACGCUUUGGCUUCCUGGGACUGGUCAUGGUUGUACUGGAUGUUUUAAACCAACGCUCUGCGUUUCACACUUUCUUUAGGGACUGCUGGUCAGGAUCUGAACUUAUCUACUGAGAGGCUGACUGCUAACAAGGCCUUAAUGAACAAAUUAUGGAAUG